AUGAAAUCUUUCCUUGCAGUACUUGUUAUUUUCCUAUCAUUCACGCUUCUGACGCUGAGCUCGCCUCUGCCGACGCAAAAGGGUCGAUAUGCUUCGGUUAAAUUUGAUGGACGAGUCAAAGGAACCAUCCAGUUUUAUAAAGACGCGGGGAAACAAGCUACAACGGUUACCGUAAAGAUUUACUCUGGGUUGACCAAUCUCACCGGUCUGUAUCCGUAUCAUAUUCACCAGCUUCCGGUGCCAAAAAGUGGCAACUGUACCCUGGCUGGAGCCCAUUUAUCGCCCAACGGAUAUCCGGACGGUGCGCCGUGCGAUCCUGCCACCGCCUAUGCUUGUCAGGAGGGUGAUUUGAGUGGUAAACACGGAAAACUUCCAGGGUCUAAGAAAGUAGUGUCUAGACAGUAUGAGGAUCCUUUCUUGCAAUGGGAUGAUCCUAAUGCUACAAUACUUGGACGAUCGAUUGUCAUUCACUAUCCCAACGGCAAGUAUUAG